AUGGACGGAUGGCAAGAUCAAUAUACCAUCCACGCUUCCGCUGAUACGUCGGUGCCGUUCGACUAUAACUCAAUCAUGCUUUACCGCAUGAGAGCUAACACCAAAAGAGGCUACGCGUAUGCCAUGGUAACGAUCACAGACAAGGAAAUAGAUCCAUGGGAUUCGCCGACGGACAACGAUUUCCUGGCUGUUAACAACGCCUACGGUUGUGAAGAGUAUUACACUCGCUCAGUUCCCGAGUGUCGUCCCGUUUCUAUUAGUGCGGAUGAGAACAAAUCGUCUUACACCUUCAUGCUCGACAAGUACACGGAGCGGUACAUGCGCGAUAAUGGAUACACCCACGUCGCCGCUCAUCAAAACUGUCGCUCCAACACGAACAACCAGGAUACAGACAACUGGGGGUUCACUCCCUUGAACGGCUGGGGUCCCAUGGCUCCGUAUCAAAUUACUGUCGACCGCUGCAAAAAGAGAUUCGACCGUCACGCCAGUCGCUAUGAGGUUGCGCUAUGCAAGGGAGACGAUGAGGGUUCCUGCGACAUUAAAUGUGGUCUGCGCCGUAUCUGCCCCUUCGACGCCAACGGGAAACAGGUGGACAGCAAGGCUGUCAAUGUCGUCGAUGAUGCUCUAUGGGUUUGCCAUCCUCAUUAG